AAUAAAAACUCACACAGACCUCGGAAAUGAUUCCACUCCUGUAAAGUUUUACCAAAACCCUCAGCAGCAACGGCAGGAGGAAGCUGCGCUCCUGGGAUCAAGCAGUGAGUGCCAGUCCUGGGCUCCCAAAUUCCGUCCCCCACCCACCCCUCCCCAACUUCUCCCGCCCCGCACAAUGUCCCAGUUAAGGAUCAAUCUGCUUGGACCAGCGCCCUGGGGAUUCAGGCUGGUCGGAGGGAAGGACUUCGAGCAGCCGCUGACCAUCUCCCGGAUAACUCCAGGGAGUAAGGCUGAAGCUGCCAAACUCUGUGUUGGGGAUGUGAUCGUGUCCAUUAACGGGGAGACUACUGAUGGAAUGACUCACUUGGAUGCUCAGAGCAAGAUCAAGGGAUGUGCAGAUGAACUGACCUUCCUGAUUUCCAGGUCCGAAUGCAAAAUUUGGUCACCUCUGUCUAACGAGGAGGGAAAGCAACAUCCAUACAAGAUGAUCUUGGCAUCUGAUCAGCAGAGACCAACUCACUUGCAUCGCACAUUCAGCCUAGUAAAUCCACCCGUUAAACGAUCGCCCGGCGCAAGCAGUCCCCUGUCUCCUACUGGGCUCUUUAAAGCUCCCAUUGCUACAGUCUAUGCUCCUUCUCCCUCUUGCUCUCCAUCAGCAUUAUACAGAAGGCACAGCACCUCCUCCAUCCCCAGCCAGCUUAGGGUUGGGCCCGAGGAGUUGAAGCAAGCAGCCCAGUACUGCCCAGCAGGUCACAUGGAGGUGGAUGUGCCAGGGCUGCGAGUGCUCCACACUCAGUUUAACUCUCCUCUGCAGCUUUAUUCUCAGCAAAACAUUGUGGACAGUUUGCAGGGACAGAUCUCAACAGUAAGCCCUUCUGCUAUCAGUUUGGAACCAGUGAAACAGCCAUACAAACCAGUGGUAGAUACGGAGUCUGAAGUUUACAAAAUGUUGCAAGAUAACCAGGAACCGGAGGAGCCGCCCAGGCAGUCGGCCUCGUUUCGGGUACUGCAGGAGAUCCUGGAAUGUGAGGGCAAUGAGCAGCCAGAUAAACCGUCUGGAUUCCGGAAAGUGAAAGCUCCAGCCACGAAGGUUGGCGCUUCAGUCGGGGGUGUGCAGAAGUUGCCCGUGUGUGAAAUGUGUGGCUCCGGCAUAGUGGGAAUGAUCGUGAAAGUGCGUGACCAGUUCCGUCACCCUGAAUGCUACAACUGCACCGAUUGUGGAACAAACCUGAAGCAGAAAGGACAUUUCUUUGUUGGGGACGCGAUCUACUGUGAACAGCACGCCAGGGAGCGGAGCACACCCCCUGAAGGCUACGAUGUUGUCACUGUCUUCCCCAAGUCAUAAGCCACUAUCUGAAGCAACACUCACCAAACCCCUGUGAAAUAAACAAUUGAGCUUGCAUGCUUACCUGUGUACAGGAGUUAACAUUAACUACAUUUGACACACCAUUUUUCUAAAGAAGAAGUAACAAAUUUCUGUAAUCACUCAGUACAAAUGCCUCUUGAAUGUAAUGAGACACCAUUAAACUACAAUUGGUUA